AUCAGCCGGAGCGGUGGUGGCGUCAGUACAGCGCAGGUGGAGGAAGUGCCAGGCCUGGGGAGACAGUGGCUUCACCGACCAGAGACAGCGCGAGAGGUGCUAGAUUUUGACAACUUCACAACAGGUUCCUGCAGCUAUACAUUCUCACUGUGAAUCCCUUGCUUUCUCAUGCAUGAGUGUAUUUGCAAUACCAAAUAUACAAGACCCAGACACAGGACUCAACGCAACAUUCCUGGAGAGCAAGGUGUUAUAAUGGCAACCACAAUCUGUUUCAUCAUCUGGAUACUAUUCAUAACCGGUACUGUAUGGACUCGAAGUGUGAGGCAGGUCUAUGAUGUGAAUGAGCCAGAUUAUCUGACUGAGAAUGACUUCGAUUGUCCCAGGGAAUGUUUCUGUCCCCCCAGUUUUCCUACUGCUUUAUACUGUGAAAAUCGAGGUCUCAAAGAAAUUCCUGCCAUCCCUUCAAGGAUCUGGUAUCUUUAUCUUGAAAACAACCUGAUAGAAACCAUACCUGAGAAGCCAUUCGAGAAUGCCACUCAGCUGAGAUGGAUAAAUCUAAACAAGAACAAAAUUACCAACUAUGGGAUUGAAAAAGGAGCCUUGAGCCAGCUAAAGAAGUUGCUUUUCUUAUUUCUGGAAGAUAAUGAGCUAGAAGAGGUUCCUUCCCCAUUGCCAAGAAGUUUAGAACAAUUACAAUUAGCCAGAAACAAGGUGUCCAGAAUUCCUCAAGGGACCUUCAGCAAUCUGGAGAACCUGACCCUUCUUGAUCUGCAGCACAAUAAACUCUUAGAUAAUGCCUUUCAAAGAGACACCUUUAAGGGACUCAAGAACCUAAUGCAGCUAAAUAUGGCCAAGAAUGCCCUGAGGAACAUGCCCCCAAGAUUACCAGCCAAUACAAUGCAAUUGUUUUUGGACAACAACUCCAUUGAAGGAAUACCAGAAAAUUAUUUCAAUGUGAUUCCUAAAGUGGCUUUCCUGAGACUAAACCACAAUAAAUUAUCAGAUGCAGGUCUCCCUUCAAGUGGUUUUGAUGUGUCUUCAAUUCUAGAUCUUCAACUGUCACACAAUCAACUCACAAAGGUACCCCGGAUUAGUGCUCAUCUGCAGCACCUUCAUCUUGACCACAACAAAAUCAAAGAUGUGAAUGUCUCUGUAAUAUGCCCUACCCCUACAAUACUGCCUGGAGAGCACGAUUCCUUCAUUUACGGACCUCAUCUUAGCUACCUCCGUCUGGAUGGAAAUGAAAUCAAGCCACCAAUCCCAAUGGAUUUAAUGACCUGCUUUAGACUUCUUCAAGCUGUCAUUAUUUAAACACAUUCUCACCAGUCAAGAAUUGGUUUAAUGAGUUAAUGCUUUCUGGCAUGAAAUUUGUUGCCAUUCAUUAAGGUGUAGGACAAAAUCAUUACAUUUCCAAUCACUAUCUGCCACCAUUUUCAUUUGUGCAGUUUUUAACUUUUUUUUUAAUUCAAAAAUGCUUUUACCAUAGAUAUGUAGCAUAGCCUUAUUAAUAAAAAAGACACGGAGUUAAGAUAAUCAACUCAAGGAUAGUUUUUGUUGCCUUUUUCCCAUUUUACUAAUUAACCCUAAGGGAUGUAAUUGCACUGUUACACAAUAAUAGGACAUGUGUUUGUAUAUGUUCAAAAAUAUGCAGACACUACAUUUACAGUAUAAAUACAGUAAUAAAACAGGUGGUAGGAAGGUCUGCAAAAUGGAAAAAAGAGAUAUUUGUCAUAAUUUUAUGAAAUAAUUAACUGCAUAUUGCCAAGUACUUUAGUAAGCACAAGUUUAGUUAUUCAUGUACUUCAUAAUAAGAGAGUUCUAGUCAUUUAAUACCAAAUAACAAACAAAAGUCAUCUCUAGUUCACUACCAUUUCUUGUAACUGUUCUUCUUACAUGUAUUACAGUGUACUCUAACAAUUAACCAAGUCCUAAAUUUUACAUUUAUUAUAAUGAAUUUCUGACAGAAUUUGAUGGUCUUGACACUUGAUAUCCACUUGAAUUGCAAAUUGUUUUAGCUGUUAUAUUUGCCAUGAUU